GGUAGCUCCGGGCUCCAGGGCAGUGGGAGGGCUUGGCUUUCCUUUCACUUUCUCAGGCUGCCAAACCUGACACCUGGGGACAGAACUACAGUUCCCACCACGCAGUGAGGCAGCAGGAAGAAGGGGCACUGAGGGCUGAAAAGGAAAACAAGGAGAAAGAAAACCUUACCUGCUUGCAGAGGCGAGAGAGCCAGAGCUCCAUUCGAGGUGGCAAGAACCAUGCAAUUUUCCAACUCAGCCAGGGCAGCAGAUGAGAACUUUGACUAUUUGUUCAAGAUUAUCCUCAUCGGGGACUCCAACGUGGGGAAGACAUGUGUGGUGCAGCAUUUCAAAUCCGGGGUCUACACAGAGACACAGCAGAACACAAUUGGGGUGGACUUCACCGUACGCUCUCUCGAGAUCGAUGGCAAGAAAGUAAAGAUGCAGGUAUGGGACACGGCCGGCCAGGAGCGCUUCCGGACCAUCACCCAAAGCUAUUACCGUAGUGCCCACGCGGCCAUCAUCGCUUACGACCUCACCCGAAAGUCCACCUUCGAGUCCGUUCCUCACUGGAUUCAUGAGAUAGAAAAAUAUGGAGCGGCGAACUUGGUCAUUAUGCUGAUCGGGAACAAAUGUGACCUGUCGGAAAAACGGCACGUUCUUUUUGAGGAUGCCUGCACGCUGGCAGAGAAGUACGGCCUCCUUGCGGUUUUGGAGACAUCUGCCAAAGAGUCUAAGAACAUCGAUGAAGUCUUCGUGCUCAUGGCGAGGGAGCUGAUUGCCCGCAACAGCCUCCACCUGUACGGAGAGAGCGCCCAGAACAACCUCUCGCUGGACUCCAGUCCAGUUCUUAUGGCCCAGAGGCCGAGUGAAAAGACCCACUGCACUUGCUGAAUAUGUGCACGAAGCCAGUUGCACCCACCACAGUCCAUCUCUGAAACCAAAGGUAGCCGGAUAUCUAGUGUCCGCUGAGUAGCAUUUCAGACCCAAGCGUAGACUGGCCGCUACUCUUCCAUCCUUCUCGCCUGGAUGGGAAGCACAUCUGCCUCCGUUCACUCCAGAGGCCGUGACUGAGGACAGGGUUACGGCCUCUGGAGUGAAUACGUCUUGAUUUUGCCCUGGACUUAAGGCACGUAGGUACGAAGAGGAGGUUUGCUCUAUUUCAUCUUUUCAAACUUUUCUGGCUCCCCAACCCUUCAACUGUGUUUCUACUGAAUUUUGUUUCUCUCUUGAAGAAAAGGGUAGUGAAAGUUAAAAAAAAAAAAAAAAGGAGUACCAAGAGAGGGGAGAGGAUCUUUGGAACAUUCGGGAAGAGUUUAAAAUGGCUUGGGCCUGGGAGGAUGGGGAGAAAGCCUGCAGUGCUAAACAAAAAUGCUGUUGACAUUCACACCUCAGGGUUUCAGUUUGGGGAGCAAAGCCAUUGGACAUAAAGACCAUUAAUACCAUCUUGCCAAAGGGUCAGGAGCCAUGUGAUGGAGAGAGCAUUGGACUUCACUUUAUCCUGCGUGGGUCAAUUUGACCGCCCUCCUAGGAUGUGGGAGGAGGUGUCUACAAUUUCUUUCUAAAACACCAAAUUAGGAGGUAGAUCAGAAGUCAUUUCUGAAUUGAAAUUAAAUUGGCUUAUAGAUGACCAGCAAACCAACA